GUAAACAGACGCGGGAAACUUCAGCGUGGGACCCGCAGUCCAUCGCGGGAACGUCCUUAUUAAACCGGAAAAAAAGUCUGCGGGUGGGGAAGAGCAGGAAGAGCGUCAUGACAGACAUUUUAACACUCGUGUUUCGGACGUUCACGUCACAAACGGAUGGAGGGGAGGAGCCUACAGUCGGCCCCGCGUCGGCGGCGACCUGCCGCACGCUGCUGGUCGGCGACCCCUGCAUCAGCCGCUCCGUGCUGCUGCUGGCGGCCGUGACGGCGGCGUCCGAGCUGGGGGUGAGGGUGGUGUUCUUCACCCAGACGCAGAUCCAGAGCCUCCCGCUCUGCCUGCAGAAGCGCGUCCCGAGCCUCAGCCCCGAGAGUCUGAAGAAAAUCAAGUUUUGCUACCCGCGGACGUUGGAGGAGCUCCUGCAGCAGGUGGCCGGCCUUCACGAGCCCGCCGGCACGUCCCCCGCACCGCCGGCGCUCAUCCUCGUCGACGGGCUGGAGGGCUUCCUGCGCGGCCCCGCCGGGCCCGGUGGACCGGACCUCGGCGAGCGGUCGCGCGCCGCGCACCUGUCGGCGCUGCUGUGCGACACCGCGGCCUUCCUCACGCACCUCCUGCGGCCCUCGCGCUCGGACCCGUGCCGCGUCGUCGCCUCCUUCCGGUCGGCGGUGGACGCCGCCGCGGAGGAUCCCACCCUCGACGUGCUGGACCGCUAUUUCCCGGCGCGCUGCACUCUGGACCGAGCCGGCGGCUACGAGGCGGCCGCGGCCGGACUGCGGGAGGUGUGGCACGUUUACCUGUCCGGGGUCCGAGAGCGCGAGGACCGGCCGGCGGCCGCGACGCGCGAGCGGAAGCUGCUGAUCUCCCUGGACGGUGACAUGGAGUUCAGGUCGGUUUGACCCCGUGAUGCAUCAAAGACGAGGGGAAGCCCGGUUUGUUUAGCUUGUUCAGACAUUUAUGAAGCUUUGAAACACACGUGAAGAAAGUAUUACACAAUUAAAACAUCUACAUGGACAUGAAUGUUUUUGUUACCAACAUUUAUGUCGCAAACAAAGUCGACUCGCACCACAAAAAAACUGAAAACGAGUCCCUGUGUGUGUAUAUACAAAUAAACAUAUAUUUUAAAAAGCA